AUGCAAAUGAGAAAUAAUAAAAAUCAGAAAAAUCAUCCCUCAAAUGCCAUUAUUCCAUAUGUUAAAUUAUUGUUAUUUUUUUAUAUAAUUUAUAUACAAAAAUAUACUAAAAGCGUUAUCAAUGAAAAAAAUGCAUAUGAGAACAUACUUGGAAAUGUAUCAGGCCUAAGACCCCAAAGGGUAUUAACAGAAUACGGUAGAGGGAAAACUAAUAUCUUUCAAAGAAUACAUAAUGAGGAUUAUUAUGAUAUUUUAGGGGUUACAAAAAGUGCAGAUCUUGAUCAAAUAACCAAAGCUUAUAAAAGAUUAGCUAUGAGAUGGCAUCCGGAUAAGCAUACUGACGAGAAUGAUAAACUAUAUGCUGAAGAAAUGUUUAAGAAAAUUUCAAGCGCAUAUUCCGUGUUAUCCGAUGAACGUCAAAGGAAAAUUUAUGAUACAUAUGGUAUUGAGGGCAUAAAAGGGAAUGUAGACAGUUUCAAACCAUUUUAUCACACCGAGUAUUUCAAUAAAAUUAUAAGUCCAUUGAAAAACUUUUCGUUUAUGACAUUGAUUAAUGAUAAGUAUAACGAAAUAUCUAACUUCUUACAUAAUAUCGAAUAUAAACCGUUUUCUUCUUCAAAAACUAGAAACAAUAAUAUUCCAGGUUCACGUGAAAUAACGCUUGAUUUAACAUUAGAAGAGUUACAUCAAGGGUGCAGAAAGGAGUAUAAAAUUGUCAAAAAUGUGUUCGUUGGAGGAACACCUUUUCAAAUCGAUAAAGUCCUUACAAUUGAUAUUAAACCCGGAUUGAAUAAUAACGAUUUGAUUACGUUUCAUGGGGAGGGCGAUCAAGUAUCUCCUUCAUCACUACCAGGCAAUGCUAUUUUCAAAAUUUCUACAAAAAAACAUGAUACCUUUAUCAGAAGAGGCAAUAAUUUGAUAUAUAAACACCAUAUAACCUUAGAACAAGCUUUAAAAGGUUUUAAUUUUUCUGUAAGAUCAUUGGAUAAUAAAGAUAUAAUUAUAAAUGUAGAUGAUAUUGUUGGUCCUAACUCAAAAAUGAUCAUACCAAAUGAAGGAAUGCCAUGUAUGGACAAUCCAAAUAAUAAAGGAGAUAUAAUAAUUGAAUUUAUACAUAUGUAUCCCGAAACAAUGUCCGAAGAAGAAAAGGCAGCCUUAAGGGACAUUAUUAAUAGUACAAAUAAUAAAAAUACAUCUUCUUAA